AUGAUUGCAAGAUGGUACGAUAGGAAGAAAAAGGUGAUAAUCAAACUGAACAUCAAGUCGUACGAGUCGGCGAAAUCGGUGCUCAGCCGAAAUGUAGUGUUUGAGAUUCCCGGUUCCGUCUACCCUGAAGAAAUCGUGCUCUUGUCUGCUCAUAUUGAUUCUUGGGAUGUCGGUCAAGGAGCCCUGGAUGAUGGUGGUGGUAUGGCAGCCGUGAGAGCCGCAAUGCUGGCAAUCAAACGGCUUUCACUUUCUAACCCAGACUUCAAACCGAAAAGUAGACUUCGUGACGGAGUAGAUGAACUAAUACGAGGGAUAUUUUGGACAGCCGAGGAACAAGGAUCACUUGGUUCUUCGUACUACUUCCACGACCAUUCAUCCACAAAGGAACGUUUUGUGUUUGCAUCGGAAAGCGAUCAGGGAGCUUUCCGACCGCGUAACUAUCUGUCCAUCUUACGGUACCAUUAUACGCGGCUGCCCCAGGAACAAACGUCAUGUAAGGAUCUUAUUGAGCAAAUAGUUACCCUGUUGAAUACGAACGGCAUUCCACUACGAGUUUUAAGUGACCCUGAUCAGGUUGACGUCGCCAUAUUUGCUGAAGCCGGUGUACCAACAGUAAACUAUGAGUCUGAUAGAGAGCUGUAG